GAUCGAGUCAGCCAGCGGCCCGCAGCAAUUCCCCACGCCCCCUCCCCCAUGCCCUCCACCUCAUCUCUUGACGUCGCCGGAGGGAGCUUCUUCCCAUGCCCUCCAUAUCAUCUCUUACCACCGGCCGAAGGGAGCUCCGUGCUCUCCUGCAGUACACCUCUCCUCUUUCCACAAGGCGACGAAAAUCACGAAACGGGGACACACCAUAUGGCCAGGGGCUCCUCCAUCGCUGCUUGGGUCAUCGGUGGCGGUGUUGGCAUUGAAGGAUGGGGCGGAAAUGCCAUUGGAGUCUUGAAAAAGCAGCUCAGGCAGAGGAAGAGGACGCGCCCGGCGUCGGAGGAGGGUGGGCGGGAGACGAUUGUUCUGUUGCAGGUACGUGAACAGGCUGUCUAGGUUGACACGCUGGCCUCCUCUAGCAGCCUCUCUGCCCCGCGCUAGCUCUAGCCCCUCGCUUGCUUCCUCCUACGAUGUUGGUGUUCAGCUCGCAUGCGAGGUGUUCUAGCAAUUGACCAAACUGAGCCAAGCAUGAGCAUGAACGAUGGUCACGUACUUUCCUUCGUCAAGUAGUGCAGUACUGCACCAGAAGCGACGUUGGCCGAACAGGUGGAGGGCAAGAGGCCACAGAAGGAUUCUUGCGUCCCAAAUGUGAGUUUCAGGUUCACAGUCUGGAUGGUGGAUUCUUUCUUCGGUGGCCAGACCAUCCAUGUCAAGCAGCGGCAUGAGAAGAGCUCCGGCGAGGUCAUCAUGUGCCGGUGCAUCUCACCUUCAAGCACAUGCUGCAGACUCCGACUGUUCUUUCUUUGCUGGAUGUUCGGCGCGCUGAUGCUGCAUGGAAGUAUUCGAAGUGAAAAAAAUCUUCACAUACCUUCCUGUCAUGCAGUUCUGAGUUCUAAUUCAUGUGCAAGCUCCCGCCUGGCCGCCAAAGAGCCCUCUGUCUUCAUUGAUAUGACUACUAGGGCUGUCAGGGCAAAAGCCGCGUGCCUCACUGCCUCGGACGUCGCAAAGGCUCUCAAGGACGCCAUCCACAACACCCAGCUCGAUGUCCCUGAAGCCCUGUCUGCUUCUGCCGCAUCCCAUGCGGAGAUUGCUGCACUGUGCGGGGCUGACGACGAUGUUGUUGCUUCCGUUGCUCACGCUGAUGACAGCAGCGACGACGGCGGUGCUGACGCUCUGCCAUGAUGCUCCAACUAUCCCACGCACGCCCAGCUGGCGGCCUAGCGGUGACUUGUUGUCCCUACCGCGAAUCGGCCGAUCGGGUCUACUUAUCCCCUAGCUUAUGUGCACGGGGAAAACCUUGUGUCUGCCUCAACUACCCCUUAGUCUAUUGCUCCCUAGCAUUUCAUAUCAGUAGUUUGCUCUCGUUUAAGUGUCUGAUGUAUUCCUAUCUGUAUGAGUAACACCACCCUAUCUAUCUGUUCGUGGAAUGUACGUGGUCUUGGUGAUGUGUCAAAA